AGAUGGAAAACCAACUACCAGGUACAGGUCCUUGUCCACAUAUAAUGCCGACCUUACUCGCCGGUCGCACCUUAUCAAUUUUGCCUCGAAUAGUUCCUCAUCACAAAUUAUAUGCUCAACAAUGCGAAUUCCAAGAAUCCUUUUCACUUUUAAUCGAAGCCCAACUAUGCCAAACUUCUUGUGCAUCUUACUCCUUGCUUAUCUCAUGGCUUUUAGCUUGCAAUCCAAUGCUCAUUCUUUGGGCAUUCACAAUACCCAAUCAGCACAUGUACAUAGCAGCUUAUCAGCAUAUACAACAUUACAAGAGCAGCCAUACCCAGUAGUCAUAGUGCCUGGUACUGGGGGAAACCAGGUAGAAGCAAGGCUGACAGCAGAUUACAAACCCAGUGGUCUGUUUUGCAGGAGGUGGCUUUGGGAGAAGGAUUGGUUCACUAUAUGGUUUGACCUCUCUGUGAUUGUGCCUCCAUUCACAGAAUGCUUUGCUGAGAGGAUGAGCCUUGUGUAUGAUAGCCACGAGGAUGAGUACAUUAAUGCCCCUGGAGUGGAGACCAGAGUGCCUUAUUUUGGUUCGACCAAAGGAAUGCAGUACUUGGAUCCAAAAUUCAAGACUAUAACUCCCUAUAUGUCACUCUUAGUGAAAUCUCUUGAAGAUGCUGGAUAUAUUGAUGGAAAGUCUCUUUUAGGUGCACCAUAUGAUUUUCGUUAUGGUCCUGGAACAAAACCAUCUUCUGUAGGCAGAAAGUAUCUGCGUGAUCUACAAAAAUUGGUCGAAGAAGCCUACACAUCUAAUGGUGACACGCAAGUUAUUCUUGUUUCCCACAGUCUGGGAGGACUAUGGGCGUUAUAUUUGCUAAAUCAGCAGCCUUUGUCAUGGAGGCAGCAAUACAUCAAACAUUUUGUUGCCAUUGCAGCACCAUGGGGAGGAACAGUACAAGAAAUGAGAACUUUUGCAUCUGGCUAUUCUCUAGACAUUCCUACUGUAAAUCCUUUAGUUGUUAGGGCAGAACAAAGGAGUUCUGAGAGUAAUCUAUGGCUUCUACCUGUUCCUGAAGUAUUCGGAAAUGAUACUCUAGUCACAACAGAACAAAAAUCGUAUUCAGCUUUGGAUAUGCCAGAAUUCCUCAAGGACAUAGGCUUUUCUGAAGGCAUUUAUCCAUAUAAAUCUCAUAUUCGUCCUUUGACAGAGCAUUUGAAGGCCCCCAAAGUACCAGUAACAUUGAUUUUUGGAACAGGUAUAGACACUCCCGAGACACUGAUCUAUAACAAGGGGGGUUUUGAUAAUCAGCCUGAAAUUAUUAUGGGUGAUGGCGAUGGAACUGUGAAUUUGUGCAGCUUGUCAGCAGUUGUAUCCAAUUGGUCUGCUACAGAAGGUCAAAAACUAAUGGUAGUCAAGAUACCUCAGUGUACUCAUACCACCAUUCUUAAAGAUGAAGAAUCAAUUCAAAAAAUAGUUGAUGUGAUUUUGGGUGCCAAUUUACAAAGUACACAUUCAGCUGUAACAUAAUUAGUCCAAAUUAAUGUAUUUCUCUCCUAUAAAUUAAUCAACAAUGAAAGAUCAUAGCAUCUGCAGUUCACCUUUAUAAUCCCCAAGAGAGAUCAAGAUAGCCCAGAAAGUUAACAUAAUUCAAGUUAUAAAUCCUUGUAAUAAAGGUAAUUUGCAGCCUAACAUGUGCUAUAUAGCCAUACAUUUGUGAUAUUUACUGGAUAUUUGAUCACUUUUCUCACUAUCAGACUUAAACUGACCCUGUAUAUGCUGCUAAACAAAGAGCUACAAUUUCAGAAGAAUUUAUCUAUCUUCCAUAACAAAUAUUGGACUUCUGGUUUGUUCCACCAGCUGUGUCUUGAUCAUAUGUUUAAAAAUGUCUUCAACAUUCGCUACUAUACGGACUAUACAUUCUCAGUGAUUUUUUAAAUUAUUUCCCUGAUUGGAGUAAUUAGUUCUCAGCAUAAAUCAUUCAUUGGUUUAAUUGUUGCAA